AUGGCCACGGCUGCCCAUUCUUCAUCAGUGCCCACAACCUUGGACCCUGGGAACACAUCCUCAGCCUGGCCCCUGGACGCUACCCUGGGGAACGCAUCUGCCGGUGCGAGUCUGGCAGGCCUGGCUGUCAGCGGCAUCUUGAUCUCCCUGGUGUACCUGGUGGUGUGCGUGGUGGGUCUGCUGGGCAACUCACUGGUGAUCUACGUGGUCCUGCGGCACACAGCCAGUCCAUCAGUGACCAGUGUCUAUAUCCUCAACCUGGCCCUGGCUGAUGAGCUCUUCAUGCUAGGGCUGCCCUUCCUGGCUGCUCAGAACGCACUGUCCUACUGGCCCUUUGGUUCGCUCAUGUGCCGUCUGGUCAUGGCCGUGGAUGGCAUCAACCAGUUCACCAGCAUCUUCUGCCUCACCGUCAUGAGCGUGGACCGCUACCUGGCCGUGGUGCACCCCACACGCUCGGCCCGCUGGCGCACGGCACCCGUGGCCCGCACAGUCAGUGCGGCCGUCUGGGUGGCCUCGGCUGUGGUGGUGCUGCCUGUGGUGGUCUUCUCGGGAGUGCCCCGGGGCAUGAGCACGUGCCACAUGCAAUGGCCAGAGCCAGCGGCUGCAUGGCGAGCAGCCUUCAUCAUCUACACGGCUGCACUGGGCUUCUUUGGGCCCCUGCUGGUCAUCUGCUUAUGUUACCUGCUCAUUGUGGUGAAGGUGCGGUCGACCACACGGCGCGUGCGCGCGCCAUCUUGCCAGUGGGUGCAGGCGGCACCGUCUUGCCAGCGGCGGCGGCGUUCUGAGCGGCGGGUCACGCGCAUGGUGGUGGCUGUGGUGGCGCUCUUCGUCCUCUGCUGGAUGCCCUUCUAUUUGCUCAACAUCAUCAACGUGGUGUGCCCGCUGCCCGAGGAGCCCGCCUUCUUCGGCCUCUACUUCCUGGUGGUGGCACUGCCCUACGCCAACAGCUGUGCCAACCCCAUCCUCUACGGCUUCCUCUCCUACCGCUUCAAGCAGGGCUUCCGCAGGGUCCUGCUGAGACCGUCCCGUCGUGUACGGAGCCAGGAGCCAGGGUCCGGCCCUCCAGAGAAGACUGAGGAGGAGGAGGAUGAAGAGGAAGAGGAGAGACGAGAGGAGGAGGAGAGGAGGGCUCAGAGAAGGAAGGAGAUGAACCGAAGGGUCAGUCAGAUCGCACAGCCUGGCACCAGUGGACAGGAGCCCAGCACAGGAUCUGCCAAGGAGCAGCAGCUUCUACCCCAGGAGGCGGCAGCUGGGGACAAGCCUAGCACCUUGAGCCACCUGUAA